AUGAGACGUGACGCGCGCGAUUUAACGUACAGCUUUAGAAGGCAGGGAAUUGAAAUUGGCGAGGUGAUGGAUGAUUUUUAUGGUUUAUCGUUUAUUGUUUAUGGUUGUGUCACCCCCGGAGCAGCAGUGCCAGAAAGCUUAUUUUUAGUUGAAUCUUAUCACAAUUGUGUCAAUGAUAGUUGGAAUGUGAUAAGGUUCGGUGCAAGCUCGUUUAUCGGGAUUGGGAGUAUGGGUGAGGAUCUAUCGCUGCACUCCAGUACUGUAGCGUUGGUUGUGCAUUAUGUGGUUUACUUGGCCCGCGAACAUUUGUACACUGUGUCCUCACACUGCACCAUUUCUUUCUUUUUUUUUAUUUUCUGUCGAAAAUCUUGGUGUGGCCCAAAAAAUAUUUCGGUUCUUUGCUCCAGGCUAUUCUUCCACUGUUCGCAAACGGUCGCAUCUUGCUAG